UGUCCUGCCGGCUGCCCCGCGCCCGCAGCGCUCCCGGGGCCCCGCCUGAGUGCCACGCGGCGGAGCUCAGCCUGGGCUGGCGCCUGCGAUCCCCGUGCCGCCCACCACGUGAGUGCGCCCUGCGCGCGAGACCGAACUUUGGUGUGCCUCCGAAGUCCCUCUCUACAGCCGCACCCAUGCUUCUGGCGCGAAUGAACCCGCAGGUGCAGCCAGAGCUCGGCGGGGCGGACCCGCUGCCUGAGCAGCCCCUACGGCCCUGCAAAACCGCGGAUCUGCUGGUGGUGAAGGAGCGCAACGGCGUCCAGUGCCUCCUGGCGUCCCAGGACGGUGACGCGCAGCCCCGGGAGACUUGGGGCAAGAAGAUCGAUUUCCUACUGUCUGUGGUCGGCUUCGCAGUGGACCUGGCCAACGUGUGGCGCUUCCCCUAUCUCUGCUACAAAAAUGGUGGUGGUGCCUUCCUGAUCCCAUACACGCUGUUCCUCAUCAUAGCUGGGAUGCCGUUGUUUUACAUGGAGCUGGCUCUGGGGCAGUACAACCGGGAAGGGGCAGCCACGGUGUGGAAGAUCUGUCCUUUCUUCAAAGGAGUAGGCUACGCUGUGAUCCUCAUUGCCCUCUAUGUUGGCUUUUACUACAACGUCAUCAUUGCCUGGUCACUCUACUACCUCUUUGCGUCCUUCACCUUGAACCUGCCCUGGACCAACUGUGGCCAUGCCUGGAACAGCCCCAACUGCACUGACCCGAAACUCCUUAAUGCCUCGGUGCUGGGAGACCAUACCAAAUACUCCAAAUACAAGUUCACGCCGGCUGCAGAGUUUUAUGAGCGCGGUGUCCUUCACCUGCAUGAGAGCAGUGGGAUCCAUGACAUCGGCCUGCCCCAGUGGCAGCUGCUGCUCUGUCUGAUGGUCGUCAUCAUCGUCUUGUAUUUCAGCCUCUGGAAGGGGGUGAAGACGUCGGGAAAGGUUGUGUGGAUCACAGCUACCCUGCCUUACUUUGUGCUAUUUGUGCUCCUGGUCCAUGGUGUCACACUGCCUGGUGCCUCCAAUGGCAUCAAUGCCUACCUGCACAUAGACUUCUACCGCCUCAAAGAGGCCACGGUAUGGAUCGAUGCCGCGACUCAGAUAUUUUUUUCCUUGGGGGCUGGAUUUGGAGUCUUGAUUGCAUUUGCCAGUUACAAUAAAUUUGACAACAACUGUUACAGGGAUGCCCUGCUGACCAGCACCAUCAACUGUGUUACCAGUUUUAUUUCCGGGUUUGCCAUCUUCUCCAUCCUUGGUUACAUGGCCCAUGAACAUAAGGUCAAGAUUGAGGAUGUUGCCACUGAAGGAGCUGGCCUUGUGUUUGUCCUGUAUCCAGAAGCCAUCUCCACUCUGUCAGGAUCCACGUUCUGGGCUGUCCUGUUCUUCUUGAUGCUUCUGGCUCUGGGUCUGGACAGCUCAAUGGGAGGCAUGGAAGCAGUCAUCACAGGGCUGGCGGACGACUUCCAGGUCCUGAAGCGACACCGGAAACUCUUCACCUUUGGUGUCACCAUAGGUACCUUCCUUCUGGCCAUGUUUUGUAUAACCAAGGGAGGGAUUUAUGUCCUGACUCUGCUGGAUACCUUCGCGGCAGGCACCUCCAUUCUGUUUGCUGUGCUUAUGGAAGCUAUCGGAGUUUCCUGGUUUUAUGGUGUGGACAGGUUCAGCAAUGACAUCCAACAGAUGAUGGGCUUUAAGCCAGGCCUGUACUGGAGACUGUGUUGGAAGUUCGUCAGCCCCGCCUUCCUCCUGUUUGUUGUGGUGGUCAGUAUCAUCAACUUCAAGCCGCUUACCUAUGAUGACUACGUCUAUCCUCCCUGGGCCAACUGGGUCGGGUGGGGCAUCGCCCUCUCAUCCAUGAUCCUGGUACCCGCCUAUGUCAUCUACAAGUUCUUCAGCAUUCGGGGCUCCCUUUGGGAGAGAGUGGCCUAUGGCAUCACGCCGGAGAAUGAGCACCACCUGGUGGCCCAGAGAGACGUGAGGCAGUUCCAGCUGCGGCACUGGCUGGCUAUCUGAGCCUGACCCCGAGGAGGAGGAACCCAUGGGUCAACAUCCGGGUCAAGGGCAUCUUCUUCACCCCCCCCCCCCCCCCCCCCCCCCCCCCCCCCCCCCCCGCCCCCCCCCCCCCCCCCCCCCCCCCCCCGUGUGGACGCCGCCGUGGGAUUCCUCUCCGGGAAGAACCCUUCCCAUCCCUCUUGUUUCCCCAGUUACCAAUGAUUUCGUGACUCCGGUUUUGUUCACCUUCUGUUCAUCGGGCCUGGAGGCAGCGAGUGUGGAGAACUCUAGUUAGCCUCGAGGAGGAGGAUGAGAGGAGGGAUGGGGCAUGGCUUCUGGAACUUUGGCUGGAGGGCAGUCGCAGUGUACGCCUGAACUGAGGUCCAUGGCUCUGGCAGAACCCCUUCCUGAAUUUGUUUAUACUUCAGACCAUAGAAGAAACCUUCGGUUCAUCGAGACCAAGAGAAGAUUGGCUUUUGGCUAGAUACCAAAAGCCCAACCAAAACCUGAUGGGGUUUGUGUGGGAGCCAAGGUUACCCCCCUCUUUCCACCUAGCACCACUCUGGUUUCUGAGCCUCUGUGCGGGAGCUGGGUUUAUUUGGCACCUAAAAUGUGACUGGUAGAUGCCGCCGGGCUUUUCAGCAGAAACCCUCCGACUUCGUUACCUAGCUAAUCUGAGGUUGGUUUGGGUAUAUUCCAGAAUAUUACUUUAGCUCCUGCUGUUUGGAUCGUCCCAAACUGACAUGACGGGAAGGAUGUAGCCGGACAACCAAUGAGGAAGUUCCACCAAGUGAGAUACUCCAGAAAGGUGGUAGAGGCAGCUAGAUGAAUCACCCUUGACAAGGCCACACACUGGUCAUGCUCUGUGUGACACAUGGGUGAUUCCAGGGGCUUUCCUGGGGAUUGAGGCAUAGCAGAGAUCUCUGUCCUGUGGGGUCAGGUGGGUGCCUGAGGGCAGCCUGAUAGGUGGCCAUGGUUCUUUAUGGUCCAAAGACACUUCCUAAGCCUCCUCCUGGCAACCCCGCAGACAGGAAGAGGUCCUGAGCAGGGGGAUCUAUUGGCUUUGAAAAAGACAUGUUUCUUCAUUGACUAGAGUUGACACCUUGUGGGGCACAAUGGGACCCACCACAUCACAGCACAGCUCCUCAUGUUCUGGGAGGAUAUUCUAACUGGAAAGGAAAGGUUGGUGGGGGUCAGAAAAUUUCUAGGUUCACUUAGUGCCCUCUGGUGGUUAGUUCUGGCUCAUUGCGGGAAAGAAUGGCUUGAUAAAUCCAUGGCAUUUCUUCGGGAUUUGUGUUUAUGGUUUGAGUCUCCUAUGACCCUAUUUGAAAUUUAGAACCAUAACUUGCCAUUGUGAUAGUAUUAUUCCGUGCUGCAGGUGUGUGUGAUGAAAAGGAAAAAUGAAGUCACUGAGCUCACUGGGGCCUUAUAGGAGGCACACAGAAAAACUAACAUGUCCCAUUGGAGUAUGCAAAAGGUCGGGUGAGGCCAGCGGGGGAUGGGAAGAUGUUUUACUCUGAAGACACAAUAUUCUGUGCUGAGUCAGGGUCCUUGAGUCAUUCCUUAGAGGAAAUCCAAGGACUUUUGAUUCUUCCAUGUUAGAAGGCCAGCUCAGCUCAAGGCUCAGCCCCAGUGGCAAAUGUCUUGGAGCGCUGGGAAGGGGGAGGCUCUCCCAUGCGCCUGAGUUAUAGGUGCAAGUCAGAGCCCUGUGAGCAGAUAAUCUCAACGUCUCUUAGGAGUAGCAAUUCCUUUCCACGGGUUACCUUUAAAGACAUUUUAUCAUCAUUUAAACAAAACACUUUCGCCCACACUGCCUUCCCCGCUGCCCCAUGGGAAAGGAAGGCUGCUUCCUAUCUCCCAUCUCCCCAUCACCCUGGUGAGAAAACAGGGUCUCUCUUACUCACAGUAUCAACUCCCGAGGGACCAGGGCGGACCCUCUAUUCCCAUCCUGUCUUCACAGCCCAGUGCACCAGGAAACUCUCUGUGCAUCCUACCCUGGGCUGUCCCCAAACACAGAGUACACAGAGUCCCUACUAAGGAGGGAAAAGGACAGAAGAAUGUUACUCAUCUUGCCCUCCUGGCUCCCUGAGAGCUAUUGUCCUUUUCUUUGAUGCCAUUUGUCAGCCUUUGAACAGGGGCCCUGAGAAGCGAGUCCACCUUAGCUGUCACAAGUAUGCACACCCAGAAAGCCGGGGUGCCCGAAGUCAGCCUUGGCCCGCCAUCCUCUCAUUGCCAUCGGCGUGGUCCCUCCUCCUGCAGACAUUGUCCCUGGGGUGAAGUUGAGAUGUGGUGCUAGCUGAAUGAACCCCAAACUAAAGCACAGGUGCUGCUCUGUGGCAAAGCUGGCUCGUGAGACUGGGACAAGGGGUUCUUGGUUCCAAGUCCAGGUGCUCUGAAGGGGGAGGUAGAGUGGAGCACCCCGAAAGUCCCUGGAGGUUCUCAUGGAGGUGCUAGGAGGUCACCGCACCCACCUUUCCACUUAACAGAUGGGGGUUGAUGCUUUAUCAUAAGUAAUGCUUGGUUUCUUUUUUGUGACUUUUUUUUUUUAAAUAGUGGGGUUUACCCAGGACCAGUGUGCUCCUGAGUACUGUAUAUGACCCUUGACACUUUUGAUAUUUCAUCGUAUUUUUAGAGAAUUAUUUUCUGUGAGCUGUGAGAUGUUUGUUUAAGAACAUUAAUGUUAUUUAACCUCUUUCUGUCAGUCUUCACUCCAGAGUCAAGUAAGAAAGCACAGAAAAGGGGAUACCAGCUCACCCCAGAUACCCUGCUCGGCAAAGGACCCUACGCUGCCUUAAUUUUUCAGAGGGUGCUCCUGCCCAGGCAGGAGGCAGUCCCCUGCGGGACAAUCAUCCAGUCUAGACUUUCUAGAUCUGGCAAUGUAAGACUGACAUGCUCUUACCAAAGAAGUCAUUUCUGCCCCAUGAAGCUCACUACAUACGUUCGUUCAUUUCUUUUGAGAACAGCAGAGGGGAAAUGGAAAUGGUCAGAGUGGGUGUUUGGUGUGGCAGAGGCAGCAUAGCAUUUAGAGUUGAUAACCAGGGGUCUGCAGCGAGUUUGCUGUGGCUUGAGAGAGGAGCUUGACGUCUUUGGGUCUCAGGAGGGGGGUUGUCUGAAGAUUAGGAAUAACAGAAUUAGGACACAUUCUAUUAAAAGCGUAAACCACAAUGAAGCACAAAAACACGCUUGUGCUGAAGUUACAAUGGAGAGAGCGUGUCACGGCAGAAGCUUCCCAAAGUGACCCCAUAAUUGACCAUCUAUUGGGCUUAGAAACAGAGAAUUCUGGCCUACAGAGCUUUGAUAUUUCUUUAUGUCUGGUAGCUCCUCUUUCUAGGAUAUUUUUUUUUUCUGAUAAUGCCAGAAAGACUUGGUAUCUGAAAAGAAGUCGAGUCCAGGCCUCUCAAUCUGACACUUGGGUGGUAUUGGGAAGGCAAAGGGCAUCACUCUGCUCUGUGUUUUGCAACUCUGGGUACCCACAGCUCUGGCCAAAGGCAGCGCGGUUGGCCUUGGCUAGUGAAUGUGAAGUCGUGGGGUCCCUGUCCUCUUCCCACUGUGUCUACUUCUGUGUAAAUAGGAUUGUCUCCAUCGCUUCUUCUCCACGUCACGGACUGUUCAAUAUCAGGCACAAUUCUGCUCCUGCUUUGGGUUUAUUUUGAAUGUUGUUCUCUUCAUGGAAAAAGAUAAGUGUACAGUAUAAUAAAGGACAUUGCCUGUGC